CCUAAUAUGCUGUGGACGAUUAAUCUGCAUAUAUUUAGCCAUUUUAAGAUGAUAAUUGUUGCCAAUUUUUGUUCCCUAUUGCAGUAAUAAGAUGGAGGAAACAUCAGAGCCAAACACUGCUGGGCGGAAGGUCCCCAUACAGAUCGUCUGUACAGAAAACAGUUCAGAGAGAGAAAACCGAAACUAUCCGCCACAUGGUGAAUCAUCUGGAGGUUCUGAGGUGCCUAAAACUGGCCAACUAAGAAAACUAGAUUCUCCAGAGCAAUCGAAGUCGCCGUUUAUUGCCUACACCCGCCCGGAUCCAAGCAGAAAUGCAGAACAUCAGACUGACAAGAUGGUACUAGACAGUAAAGUGCGGGUGAGGAGCAAUGGUGUGGGCGAACACUUAGAGGAGGACCUGAAACGAGAAGAGCUGGCCAGAGAUAUCAUGGGGAAGGACAAGAGUCUGGUGGACAUCUUGGAUCAGAGUAAAAUGAAGACAACCAUGGAUCUGAUGGAGGGAAUAUUUCCACAGGGGGAGCAGCUCUUGGAGGGAGCACAGCAGAGGAGGAAAGCAGCCUCCAAACAGACGUCUCCAAAAAAUACACAGCAGAGGGUGGAGGACAAUUUGGCGUCAUCAGUGUCAUUAGUGAGCAGUUCGUCGUAUUAUAGCACUUCUGCACCUAAAGCAGAGCUGCUCAUAAAGAUGAAGGACAUGCAGGAACACAUGGAGGAACAGGAUUCAGAGGAUGAACUCUAUUAUGACCUCUCCAACAAGAAGGUACAA